UGAGCUCCUUCGUUUCUUUCUCCCUUUCUCCCUCCCUUUCUUUCGUUCACAGAAACUCAGCCAAAAAACCCCAGCACUGUAAGCCUACACCACCGCCGCCGCAAGGAGUGGCAUACUGCCGCCGUCCGUCCGUCUAUCUAGCUUCCCUCGUGCUCAAGUCUUCAACCCCCGUUCGCUGUCACCGAUCGCAGCUGCUUCCUCGAGCUCGGCGUCCAUCGUCUUUGUCUGCUCAGCCGCGCUUCCGCCGCCGUUAGUUGCCGUCGAACUGCUCUCUUGUCGCCGCCGAAAUUCUUUGAGGUAUAUAAGAAUUAAGAAGGAAGACUUUUAAUGUUCCAAACAUUCUCUACUAAGUACUAACCAGUCAAGAGUGAAGAAGAUGAAAGAUAGUUAAGAGAGAUAUGGAGGUGGGAAUGCUUCCAAUAUCAGCUUCGAAGAGAGGGAAGCUCUUGGCAGCUGGCUACACUUCACUCCGUUCCAUUUCCCGUGCUUCCGCUUCACAACUUGCCACAGAUAUCGAAGUAUCUGAGGAUGAGGCUUGUGAAAUUCUGAAAUAUGCAUCCCAAACCAGUGCUUUGGACCGAUCAAUUGGGAAUAGUAAUACUUCUAACCUGUAUGGUGGUCAGACCGCGUGGACUAUGCUCAAUGAGGAAAAGUUUAAUACUCGCAUUACGACAUCUUGUGUGGAUCUAGAUAACAUCCUUGGUGGAGGGAUUACCUGCAAAGAAGUUACUGAAUUAGGUGGAGUUCCCGGCAUUGGUAAAACACAAAUUGGGAUUCAACUUGCAGUAAAUGUUCAGAUUCCACUAGAGUAUGGUGGUCUAGGUGGGAAGGCAAUAUACAUUGACACAGAGGGAAGUUUUAUGGUUGAACGUGUUUUACAAAUUGCGGAAGCAUGCAUAGAAGACAUGCCAGAAUAUAGCCACCACUUUCACAACAAUGUUCAAGAUUGCGAAGUCAAAAUGCACCCUAAUAGUAUAUUGGAAAAUAUAUUCUAUUUUCGCGUUUGCAGCUAUACUGAACAAAUUGCUUUGGUGAAUUACUUAGAUAAAUUCAUUGAAGAGCAUAAAGAUGUAAAAAUCAUCAUUAUUGACAGUGUCACCUUCCAUUUCCGCCAAGAUUUUGAUGACAUGGCACUCAGGACUCGGUUAUUGAAUGAAAUGGCUUUGAAGUUGAUGAAGCUUGCAAGAAAGUUCUGUUUGGCUGUUGUUCUUUUGAAUCAAGUGACAACCAAGUACAUUGAAGGUUCAUAUCAAUUGACCCUUGCACUAGGCGAUAGCUGGUCGCAUUCAUGCACGAAUCGGAUAAUCUUAUUUUGGAAUGGCGAUGAACGGCAUGCGUAUAUUGACAAAUCUCCCUCUCUGAAAUCAGCAUCUGCAGCGUAUUCCGUGACCACUAGAGGGAUCCGUAAUUCUAAUUCAAGCUGCAAACGAAUCAAGAUGGUGUGAGAUUCUUUUUGACUGGGAACACACUCUAAAACUCGUUUUCCUGACUAGCCUAAUUUUCUUUUGUUUUGAGUGAAUGAGAUACAAAAGAGAAAGAAAUGAAAAGGCAAAUCUAAAGAAAAAAACUAAUAUAGCUAGGUUCCUAACAAUCGGAUUUGAAUCUUCUAAAUUUUGAAUGUUAUUUUAAAGGGUAAAGUGUGAUUUCUCACCAUUUAUAGAGAAAGUAUGAGAGAAAACUAUUCAAAAGUGAGAGAUUAUAUUUUACCAUCUCAAGUAAAAAUUUAAAAUUUAGAGAAUCUAAAUUCCUAACAACCACAAUAAAACAUAAUAGCGGCAUGAACCGAACUAUUUGCACUUAGCCACUCCCGGAAAUCUAAUUCUGAUUGAGCUCCUUCUUUAGCUAUGAAUUGGCAACUUUAUUAGCCUCCCUUUUGGAUCAAACCAAAACUAGGAAUCCAAGUUCUUUGCUGUUUUAAUUCAAAGAUUUCUUUGAUAAUAGCCUUUUCUGCCUUAUUUCGGAUACUGUCCAAUGUUAUAUAAUAUAAAAUAACAUAAAAUAAAAAUGAAACUUCUACUUAAACGCACA